UCUAUUCCUAUGAUGAAAAAAUAAUAAAUAAGGAAACCUCCGUCUUAUGAUCCUUUUACCUUAUUGAAGAAUGACUAUGUACGUAUCAUCCUUACAUACUUGAAUGUGGUAUUGCAUCAAUUAAAGUAGUUUGAUUUAGUGAGAUCGGCGAGAGUAUGCAGAAGAUGGAGAGAAAUUAUUGAAAAAGACCCUUUGAUGUUUGAGCAUGCGAAUUUAGAAAACAUUGACUCAUCUAAGCCGUUGUUUCCGAUCCUUAAGAUAUUUUCAAGAGAUAAGACCAUAAUCUCAAUGAAAUUGCCUCCUCAUGCAACACAGACUGAUACAGCCUAUAUGUUCAUGUAAUUGCCAUAGAGUAUACAAUAUUUGAAAUUUACUAAUAUCAACAUGGAAUUCUCAAAGAUCUUUACUCGCAAGUUUCCUAAUUUCAAGAGUCUAACUUUGGUUAAUACAAAAAAUAGGAAGAAACCGUUUGAUGAGAUUGAAAUGAAAUCAUUUCUUACAUUGAAGAGUGCAUAAGAAUUGCAUUUCUAUUCAUUGCCUUGGGAAGAUGGGUUCAUUAGCAUUUUUGCUGAAUUCAAUCUUCAGGUACUCUGCAUUCAUGAUUGUCCCCAUUUAACCAAUGAUUCUCUGUAUCUCAUAUCCAAGCAUUGCAAAUUGUUAUAAAAACUACUUGUGGGAGGGAGUGAACAAGUAUAUAAUGCACAAAUAUCUAAAAGUGGGUUCCAGAUUGAUCUCAUGCAUUUAAAAUCUCUAGAGAUUAGAUAUUGUUCGAAAAUUGGAGAUCAAUCUUUAGACAUUAUUGCUCAUUCAUUUCCGACCUUAACAGAAUUUGCGUUGGUUAGGAAUAACUUCGAAAAAUGUGCUAAAAUUAGUGAUUAAGCAUUUAAGAAUAUGCAAGAUCUCCAAUUAUAACGAUUGUCAAUCAUUUACACAAGAAAAUUGAGAGAUCAAGCCCAUAUCAAUAUAGCUAAAUUCCAUCAAUUAAGAUACCUAUGUUUGAGGAACUGCCCAUUAUAAUAUGAUGUUUCAAUUUGGAAUGAAAAUUGUCCAUUUCUGGAAGAAUUGGAUGUGUCUGGAGAUUCUUGGGUCUCGCAAUCCUUCGUCUUAGGAAUAGCUUAACAUUAAAAUCUGAAAAUAUUUUGGCUAGGUCAUUUUGAACAUGGAGACUUAGAUUGUGAUACUAAAUUGUAAUAAUACCCUCCAGAAGGACUUUUCUUGGAAAGCAUAUUUAAGAAAGAAACUAGUUUCCCCAAGUUACACACACUACACUUAGAACAUGAUUGCAAUUUAACUUAUUGGUUGUAUGCAAGAAUAUCAAAAUUAAG